AUGCCUCUCAUCUCUCCAUCCACCUGGAACACCCUCGGGCUCAGCGUUGCGGCCACUUUCGCCCUCCUCGGCUCGGGCGCUCUGUUCGACACCAAGCGCACUGCUAAGCUCUUCAGCCUUCAGCCAUCGACAGGCGAUGAGAAGACUACAGAUGCUGGCGCUAGCUCGAGCCUUGUGGGCUUGUUAGUUGGGAGUCGCGAUAUCACGAUGGCUACUACGUUGUUUGCACUGCAUCGUGCUGGACAGACGGACGCUAUGGGCACGGUUAUCCUGAGCUCGAUGAUUAUCUGUGCGGCGGAUGUUUAUAUCGUGUGGAAAGGAAAGAAAUGGGCUGAGACUGCCAUGUUUGCCGUGGGUGCGGGUAUUUGGGCCGCCAUAGGUUUCGGUCUGAAGGGUUACUUUGACUGA